AUGAAGAUCAAUCAGACCGUCCUGAAAGAGUUCAUUCUUGUUGGCUUUUCUGUUUACCCACAUGCACAGACAUUCCUCUUUGUGGUUUUCUUUUGCCUCUACCUUCCCACCCUCACAGGUAACCUGACCAUCAUGGGUCUAACUUGGGUGGACAGACGUCUCCACACACCCAUGUACCUCUUCCUUAGUGCACUCUCUUUCUCUGAGACCUGCUACACUCUGACCAUUAUCCCCAGGAUGCUGGCAGAUCUCCUGGCCAAGAAAAGAAGCAUUUCAGUCAUAGGUUGUGGCUUGCAGAUGUAUUUCUUCUUGGGACUUGGCGGCACUCACUGUAUCCUUCUCACUUUGAUGGGAUAUGAUCGCUUCCUGGCCAUCUGCAACCCUCUCAGAUAUCCUUUGCUUAUGACCAAUAUGGCAUGUGGAAAACUUGUGGUCUCUGCUUGGGCUGCUGGCUUCUUUAUUUCUGUGACAGAGAUUGCAUUGAUAUUCAGGGGCUCUUUCUGCAGUCCCAACCUUGUCAAACACUUCUUCUGUCAUAUGAGGGCUAUUGUGAGGCUGUCCUGUCUAGACAGUGACCUCACAGAAUUCAUUGUAACAGCAAUCUCAGUGUCAGGCUUGAUGGGCACCUUUCUGCUCAUUAUCCUCACUUACAUUUUCAUUCUUUCCACUGUCCUCAAGAUCCCGUCAGCUGAGGGCAAGCAGAAGGCCUUUUCUACCUGUGCCUCCCACCUCACAGUGGUCAUCAUCCACUUUGGUUUUGCGUCUAUUGUUUAUCUGAAGCCAGAAGCAUCAGGGGGAGAUGACACAGUGAUCGCAGUUCCCUACACUGUCGUCACUCCUUUCCUCAGCCCUCUCAUUUUCAGCCUCAGGAAUAAGGACAUGAAGAAUGCUUUCAGAAAGGCCCUUGGAAAGACGCAUUUCUUGAAUAAGCAAUCUUGGAUUAUGGAAGAUUAUGAGAACAUACAUAACUGA